CAGCAUUCCGUGACAGGUCAUUAUGGCUCUGGAUAAUCGCAUUUCAUUGCCUCAUCUUACCCAUGUAGUUCGUAAAUUUAAAUUUAUUAAACUGUUUGACUAAAAAACCCUUCGUUUUUUAAAUCUAUUUUCUGUCCAUGCGAAAUUAUUGAUUGGAAAAACCAUGAGAUUUCGUAAUGAACUGAAAUGACUCUUUUAUUUUGUCUAAGCCUUCUGUUCUUGGCAAUUAUCUACAUUUUUAAAAAGAAAAGCAAAUAAGCACACCACUGAUAUAUCAUUGAUAUUCCCCUUUAGUUUUUGUGACCUGUUGAGUCUUACAUAUACAUGAAAAGCAAACUGAGGAUUUUUAUGUAUCUUCAAAUAAACGAGUUGUCGCCGCUCGUUCGACGGAAUUUCGGGGGUUUGAACGACUGACAUAUCUACCUACCACUGCUGUUUGCAUUGGUUUAAAUAUUGUGAGGAUAGUCACAAUUUCUUCGAACAAACAAGAGUUUUGUCAAGAACCGUGACGUAUUGUAUUUUGACCUCGUUCGGAAAUUCAAUUAGGUCAUCUUUUACCUGUGCAAAACCGCCCGAAAAAGCUCUUUCAAAACACAACUUCGUUUGAAUGUUAAGGAAGAAAUCGUUUGCGGUGUAUUGUGAUGAUAUUUAAGUGUGCUUAUUUUGAAAAAUACGUUGAUUUCUGAAGGAAAAAAACGACGCAAGUCUAUUUGACUUCGUGUUCGAUUUUUAGCCUCUCAGGUUGUUAUAAUAAUAAAACAUGUCACGUGACGCGUGUUUGGCCGCUUCUGAUUGGCUAAUUGCAGACAAGCUUGAAUGCAUCUCCCCCUGAGAGUAACUUGGGUUUUAGCAGAAACACAAAGCAGUUGUUUCUUUUGAGCUUCGAAUGAUUUCCAAAGUGAAUCUAAUGGCCUCCUUGGAAGAAGCGAAUAUUGAUGGGCAAAAUGAAAACAAGAAUAGCCGACUGCUACAGCCGGAACACGAGUCUGUCGAGAUGUCACCAAACAGACCAAACAAGAACAUGCUGGGAACAAAUUAUGGCUAUGCAAGGGAGAUACGACCAAAACAGAUUAUGGUUGAUCCAAAUCUUAACACACCACCAAUGAAAAAAAUCAAAACAGAACCAACUAUAUCUAAUGGACAAAAUGGUUACCCUGUGGCAUCAAUACACCACAACCCAGCUAUGUCAUCAGCACCAUCACAAACGGCGAACAUACACAAUAACAUGUCACCAAACAAUCCACUAAGUAAACUUCAUGAGCUUAACAAAAAUAUAACUCCCACAUCGUUUAAAACAAGCAGUCCACAAUCAAGCUCAUUUGCAUCCAUUGUUCAUUCCAAUAAUCCCACAACAUCACCCACCAGUACAUCCACACACCCUAAACCUCCAAGUACAUUCCAGUUCACCAUCAAAACCUGGUAGACCAAACAGUACCAUGUAUCAAAAUAUCGCUCCUAAAAAACAACCUUUUGAUGUGAAUACGAUGAAUGCAAUGAAUGCAAUGGCGAAUCGUGAGCUGAUGGGUGGAAAGGUGCGCCAGGUUAGCAAUGUACCCACUGCAAAAGGAAAUGCUGAUGUAAAACCGAAUGGUUUGGGUGAGGGAGAACAAGCUCAUAGUGAUCAUGCUCUUUCUGCGUUGGACUGGAAAGAUGGUUAUGCUGAUUUGCCAGGUAGUAAACUGAAAUUCAAAAUGACUGAAUUUGGUUUGGAGAUCAUCAGCACGGUUGAAACAGAGGAUGGAAAGCCAGUUGAGUUCAGUACAUCAACAUCUGAUAAAAACCUAAAGAAAGAACCAUCACCUAAUCAACCAAAUGGUGAAAAGAAUCCAGAAGAUGAAGAAAACUCGUCGAAGAAGCUUCUGGAGGGUCCCCCAGACUCCGACGAGUUUUGCUGUUGUGAAAUCUGCGGCAAAUAUGGCUUACGUUCAGAGUUCGGUGCGUCUGGUCGCUUCUGUGGUCUGACCUGCGUUGGUGUGUACACAGGACGCAGAAACAAGGGUCGCGAAGCUGCCAGAACCGGGAAGGCUCUCGAUGGCAAGGUUAUCAAAAGAAAGAAGAGAAAAGGCAGAAAACUGACCAUCGUUAAACAAUCUUCGAUGAAUGGGAAGAUGAAAGUUGUUACAAAUGGUGGAACAGAGACGACGGGAACUGCUAAAACUAAGGGAAAACUGGAGUAUUUCAACGCUACCAUGGAUUCCUCGAACCCUCCAAAACCUUUCAACUGGGCAGAAUACUUGGAGAAAACGAGUUCACAAGCUGCUGAUAUUAGCUGCUUUGCGCAGGAAAAUCCUGGCAAGGAAUUGUUUAUUGGGCCCGCGAAUGAAUUUCAAAAAGAUAUGAAGCUCGAAGCAAUAGAUCCCAAGCAUCCUUCUUAUUUCUGUGUUGUGACUGUGGCGGAAGUCAAAGGUGCUCGCCUGAGAAUGCAUUUUGAUGGCUGGUCGGAAAGUUAUGAUUUCUGGGCGAACGCUGAUUCGGAGUUCAUUUUUCCUGUUAACUGGUGCUCGAAGAAUAACCAGAUUCUGCAUCCACCUCGAAGCAUGACGGCCAGUAACUUCUCCUGGGAAAAGUAUCUCAAAGACACGAAUGCAAUCGCAGCGCCUGAUCAUUUAUUCAAACCGCCAUCUCCAACGCGACAUGGCUUCAAAGAAAAUAUGAAGCUCGAGGCGAUAGAUCGCAAGAACCCUGAUUUGAUAUGCGUUGCUACGGUGACGAACGUGCUUGGAAAUCGUUUCCUUGUUCAUUUUGAUGAGUGGGAUGACACUUAUGAUUAUUGGUGCAACGAUGAUUGUCCGUAUAUCCACCCUGUGGGCUGGUGUAACUCGCAAGGAAGACGACUAACACCACCGAAUGACGAUGAAGUCGACACAUUUGUUUGGUCUCAGUAUCUUCGAGCUACGGGCUGCAAAGCUGCAUCAGCUGAUCUUUUCAAACACCGUGCGCCGACCUCAUUUAAAGUCGGUCACAAACUCGAAGUCGUCGAUAAACGUAAUCCAUCGUUGAUCCGUGUCGGCACAAUUUCCGCUAUCGAUGGUCUUAAAGUGAAGAUAACGUUUGACGGUUGGGAUAAGAUUUACGAUGAUUGGUUCGAUUCUGAUUCCAGUGAUCUUCACCCGCAAGGAUGGUGUGAAAAGAGCAACUAUCCUUUGGAAGCACCGAUAACCAGUGCAGACAAGCUGAACACAGUGGCGUGUCCAACGCCUGGUUGUCGAGGUAUCGGGCAUGUCAAAGGUGCAAAGUACACGACCCAUCACAGUCAGUUUGGCUGUCCAUAUUCCCUCCAGAACCUCAGCAAGGAAUCGUGUCUUGUUGAUCGUCUGGCUGCAAAUUCUAUGGCUGAAGAUUCAGAUUGGUCUUACGAACGACGCAAGAACUCGUUCGGGAAGCAAAGCAAAGUGAAAGCUCAUCAUAACAGCAACAAUACUACAACGACAGAAAACAAACCUCCGUCACCAGGCUAUGCCGCUGGUCUGGGAGUAUGUCCAACUCCAGGCUGCAACGGCAAUGGUCACGUUACAGGAAGAUUCAGCACACACCACAGUGCAUCUGGGUGUCCUUUGAAUGAAGUAAAUCGCGAGAAGAUGUACAAACCCAUUCUCCCCAAAUCCCAUCCGAGCUAUCAGAAGACAUUCAUGAAAGGUCACAAAUCGUCCAGACCCAGCAUCAUCACAACACGAAGCACCAAUAAACCAGAAAUGCCCUCGUACAAAACCAGAAGCAAACACGACCAGGGAAUUCAAGUCGAAAAUGGGUCGAGAAUGAAGCCCUUCGUGAAUAAUUCAGGAGGUAGUGGUGGUCCACCAUCGUCUUCAAAGAACUUGCUAUCGUUUAGUUUGUAUAACAAUGUUUAUAAUAGUGGCAUUAGUCCACAUAUCAACCACGGCGCUCGCUCGAGCGAAAGAAACAUCGUACUGGGCUGGACUUGCGAACAAGUGGCUGAGCAUAUCAGGUCGAUUGGCUGCGUAAAUCAAGCCCAAGUCUUUAUUGAUCAGCAAAUUGAUGGCGAGGCGUUCCUCUUACUUCAGCAAGCAGACAUUGUUAAUAUACUGAAAAUCAAACUUGGACCUGCUGUCAAAAUUUACAGCAGUAUUCUGAAGUUUCUAUAACCACUAACGAUGACCUAUCAAAUCCAUCAGCAUAUGUGGAAGAACGAACUUUGAAAUAUCGGUUUAGAAAAAGUUUCGGGAGCAGUGAAAUAAUCAUAAGUCAAUAAUCUGUUUAGGUGACUGCUCUUUUUUCCCAAUUGAACAGAGACUAGCGUUUUAGAAUGGAUUAUUCAGAUUGCGUAAGCUGAGUAAUUUUUAAACACUAUUUACUAUUUUGAAAAGGACGGUUUUGCUCCAGUAUAUUUAAAACAAGCAUGCUGACAUCCUCUAAGUUUCGAGUGCUUUUUGACAUUUCUUUUGAAAUUCUUUUAUCUUUGGGUGCCAGAUUGUGUGCUAUACUUUCCAAGAAAUCAUUUUGGCACAUGUUGCAAUUGUUUUUGUGACUUCAGCAUUGUAUAUAGCGCGAUUAUUGUAUUAAUUGUAGGGGGAAUAUUGUGUAAUGUAGUGUAGUUAGAAAUUGAUAUUCAAUGUGAUUUAUAUGCCAAUAAUAAUCGUCAACACUGAAUUAUUUUAUUCUCAUUUUGGAUCGUGUUCUUGCAUCCCUGGUAUCAAGUCGAUGAAGCAAUAUCUUCUGUGAAAGUUGUGUAAAAAAUAGGUACGUUGAGCGUGCACGUGAAAUCAGCGUUUACAUUUAUUCAGUGUCUUCUUUCUUCCAAGAACCAGUCCAAUUUGGGUUUUUGUGUACUCAUAUUCAGUAACAUUUAAU